CAAGGUCAGAGUCUCUCAUUUUGCAAUUCAGAUUAUCAAAUAAUCCAAAGGUUUGCGGGGGAAAAGAAAAAGAACAUGAACUAUCACAGGGUAUUUCGUCGGUUUUCAACGUUGAUUGAUUCGCCUAAGAAAGACACCAUCCCCAGGAAAUUAAAGGAUAGGAAUCGAAACCCAAUUCCAUUGCCCCAUAGAACAGUUAUUGAACCCAGAGGGCAAGAUCUUGAUUAUGUGACUGUUGCUCACAGCCACCUCAUACACUCUGAUUGGCCUAAGCUCGGCAAAUUAGUCCCAGGUCUGAGUCCCUUUAGAGUUCAGCACAUUCUGUUGAAGGUCCAGAAAGAUUAUGUUCUUUCACUCGAAUUCUUCGACUGGGUUCAGCUCCAAAAACCGAAAUUCCAUACCCUGGAAACAUAUUCCAUAAUUCUUCAUAUCCUUACCAAGAAUCGGAAAUUUAAGUCUGCAGAGUCUAUUUUGAGGAACAUUCUGAAAUCUGAUGAGAUAGAUAUUCCUUCUAAGCUGUUUGAGGCCAUCCUUAACUCUUACAGAGUAUGCGAUUCUUCCCCGCGUGUUUUUGACACUCUGUUCAAGACCUGUGCACAUAUGAAGAAGUUCAGGAAUGCCACUGAUACAUUCUGUUGGAUGAAGGAGUAUGGAUUUCACCCGACCGUUGAGUCUUGCAAUGCGUUUUUUAGUUCCUUGAUAAGUUUGAAUCGGGCAGAUAUUGCAGUGGCGUUUUAUAAGGAAAUGCAGCGGUCUUGGAUUUCGCCAAAUAUUUACACUUUGAAUAUGUUCAUUGGUGCUCUGUGUAAAUUGGGAAAGCUGGAAAAGGCUGUUGAGGUGUUUGGAAAGAUGGAGGGUAUGGGUUGUGCCCCGACAGUUGUAUCAUAUAAUUCAUUGAUUGCUGGUCACUGUAACCUGGACCUUCUGAAUACUGCUAUGAAGCUGAAGAAUUUGAUGCAGAAGAGUGGUUUAAGCCCCAAUGAUGUUACUUUUAAUACACUCAUCCAUGGAUUCUGCAAGGAAGGGAAAUUACAUGAAGCAACUAAACUUUUUAAUGAGAUGAAGGGCAUGAAUGUAUCUCCUAAUACCAUAACCUAUAAUACAUUGAUAAAUGGUUACAGCCAGGUGGGUAAUAUUGAGAUGGGCAGAUGGCUUUGCGAGGAAAUGUCAAGAAAGGGAAUCAGAGCUGAUAUCUUGACUUAUAAUGCAUUGAUUUUUGGACUAUGCAAGGAAGGGAAGACAAAGAAAGCUGCAUACCUGGUUAAAGAGCUUGACAGCAAAAAAUUAACCCCAAACUCCUCAACUUUUUCAGCCCUUAUUGUCGGGCAGUGUGUCAAGAAGAAUUCUGAGCAUGCCUUUCAACUAUACAAGAGUAUGGUAAAGUGUGGUUGUCAGCCAAAUGAACAAACUUUCAACAUGUUGCUCUCUACCUUCUGCAAGAAUGAGGAUUUUGAUGGAGGAGGUCAAGUCUUGCUGGAUAUGUUAGAAAGGUCAAUGAUUCCUGAUUUGACAAUGUUAUCAGAGCUGUGCCAUGGACUUAGCCAAUGUGGAAAGGACAAAUUGGUUGCAAGGUUGUGCAAAGAGAUGGAAGCUAGACACCUCUUGCCAGAGGGUUUUGAGAAAACUAAUAGUAGUAUCACUUGACCAAGGGUUGUUGGCAUUUGGAAAAGAAAAUGAAGGCAGCUUGUGAGGUCUUUUAGCCUUUUUAUUUUAGAAUAGAGUUUAUUUUUUCCAUAAUUAUGAAUUAUUUUUUGUUGAUGUGUGAAAGUUCAAGAGAAAGGAAAGCAGCCAUCCACAAUUGCUUCUAGAAUGCUUAAGGUUCUUAGAAAGUUUCUAAAUCUUGUUUUUUGGAUAGUUUCCUAGUUUCAAAUUAGGAUGCUUUCCUAAUGUGUUUUCUUGUAAUAUUUCCUUGUUGUAAUCUUUCUAAAAGUUGUAAAUAUUCAACCCUAUAACUAGGGUUGUAUGUUAAUGAAAUAUUCAAGCAUUUCCAUCCAAUCUUUCAUGGUAUCAGAGCCUUGCUUCUGAGAUUAUUCCGGCCUCUAG